AUGGCAUGGGCGACUGUGGGGUACCAUGCUGUGGAGCAGAAAGUCUUUGAUGCGGCAGUGCGGCAAGAGUCUGAGGGAGAUUGGUUCUGUGGCAUGUCUUUGCAAAGCUGGUUUGCUACGCCUUUGUGUGCAAUCUCACAAACACGGAAGGAAAAUGUCCGCAAGUUGGGGCUGUCUCUGUCAGAGACAGGUGACCCGCCAAAAGGAAAGGUGAACAAGCGCUUGCCAGGAAAGACUGUCGUUGAUGCAGCCUUGGAAUGCCCGAACUAUGUGGUGUGGCGCCUUCAGACCACGGAGAAUAUCGCAGAGCUUCUGUCGCAGGGUUUUUUGAGAGCUGGCAAGAACAAGUUUGAGCUGCGGAAUGGCUUGGAGCCAUUCUUGCCUUUCGGCCAAGCAGACAAAUGGCACGUUGAUUACGCGCCGGCCACAAUCUUGCCCACCCUGUGCGACAAGCCAAACAGCACAAUGUUCUUUGGAGGCGACGCCAAGUUUGCUUGCUCUUACUUCCUUGCGCUGCCUGUGGCUCACCCGAGCAUCAGCCUUCCAGAGUUGCUCACAGUCAGUCGAGCAGCUCCUUUGCUGAAGCUGUUGCUCCACAAUGAGAAAUCGGAAGACAUGAAGAUCUUGCUUGAGAACUGCAUGGCAGACAGGGGAGACUACAUUGGUUUACCAUUGGUGUCCAGCCCCAUCACAGCCAUGAUCAUGGGCUUCUUUGCUUACAAGCCCCCAACAGAGCAAGAGCAGAGCUUGUGCCAGCAGCCGUCCCAGCUGUCCAAGCCGUCCCAAAAGAGCGAGCCUCUUCACUUGUUGCAUUUUAGCGCAAAAUCUUUGAUUGACUUGCAGCCGCCGAACUCUCAUCCGCUUUGCCCCUUUUGGUUGUUCAAGCCGAAUGGCUUGAUUCAGCGCAUAGCCAAAGAGGAGGUGAAAUUGAAGGUGCAGAAGUUCUACAUGGAAGUCAAUUUGAAUGCAGAGUACCAGCCUCAGUCCAGUUUGCUGCAGCGCAAUGAGAAGGCCAGGACUUUGAGUAAGAAGCGCAAGCUCCAGGAGGACAUCACAGAGUUGGAAGCAGACAUCCGGGACAAGAAGUUGGAGAUUAAUGAAAUUAUGGGGCGCCUUAAGUCCAUGGAAGAGCCCUGUCCUGAGCCUAUUCUUCCAACGGCCUGCCCUAGCAACGCUGAGGCCUAA